AAAAGACGCACUGACUUACUGAACUUGACAGUCCACUCUGUUGCAGGUAUGGAUGAUCCGGAAAACAGCUCUUCAGGUGACAAGAAACACCUGGACCCAUUAACAGAGCCGCAGACCACAGAGGAUACACAGCAGUCAUCAUCAGCCGAUGGAACAGACCCACAGGCUGCAGACUCAGAGACUCAGAGAUCCUCACAGGGAGACUCUCAGGAUUCUGGACAGAAGACAAAGGGGAUUUUAAAGUCACUCUUCUCUUGGUUAUUGCCAAAAUCUUCACGUCAUGUGAACAGAUCUGAUGACGCGCAGGAGGCUGCAGACUCAGAGACUCAGAGAUCCUCACAGGGAGACUCUCAGAAUUCUGGACAGAAGAGUUCACAGUUCUCCAACAGUGACGAGGAAAAACCCUCACAGGAGGAUCUGAAAGUCAGUCAGCUGUCUCCCUCUCCUCCUCAGAGUGACACCACUGAAGCAAAGAUUCCAGCAAACAUGAAACCAGAGGAACUGACUGCGAGGCUUCAGGAACUGCAGGGGCUUAUACCAGAGGAUUGUAUGAAGGCUGCAGAACGUUUGGUGAAGGACUACGAUACAAAGAUCCCAGGAGAUUCAGAACAUCUCUCACAGUUCUUCACUUGUUUGAAGGACUUCAUGGAGUCAAACCAGAAAUCUGACAAAGGUAUGGAUGAUCCGGAAAACAGCUCUUCAGAUGUUUCCACAGGUGACAAGAAACACCUGGACCCAUUAACAGAGCCGCAGACCACAGAGGAUACACAGCAGUCAUCAUCAGCCGAUGGAACAGACCCACAGGCUGCAGACUCAGAGACUCAGAGAUCCUCACAGGGAGACUCUCAGGAUUCUGGACAGAAGACAAAGGGGAUUUUAAAGUCACUCUUCUCUUGGUUAUUGCCAAAAUCUUCACGUCAUGUGAACAGAUCUGAUGACGCGCAGGAGGCUGCAGACUCAGAGACUCAGAGAUCCUCACAGGGAGACUCUCAGAAUUCUGGACAGAAGAGUUCACAGUUCUCCAACAGUGACGAGGAAAAACCCUCACAGGAGGAUCUGAAAGUCAGUCAGCUGUCUCCCUCUCCUCCUCAGAGUGACACCACUGAAGCAAAGAUUCCAGCAAACAUGAAACCAGAGGAACUGACUGCGAGGCUUCAGGAACUGCAGGGGCUUAUACCAGAGGAUUGUAUGAAGGCUGCAGAACGUUUGGUGAAGGACUACGAUACAAAGAUCCCAGGAGAUUCAGAACAUCUCUCACAGUUCUUCACUUGUUUGAAGGACUUCAUGGAGUCAAACCAGAAAUCUGACAAAGGUAUGGAUGAUCCGGAAAACAGCUCUUCAGAUGUUUCCACAGGUGACAAGAAACACCUGGACCCAUUAACAGAGCCGCAGACCACAGAGGAUACACAGCAGUCAUCAUCAGCCGAUGGAACAGACCCACAGGCUGCAGACUCAGAGACUCAGAGAUCCUCACAGGGAGACUCUCAGGAUUCUGGACAGAAGACAAAGGGGAUUUUAAAGUCACUCUUCUCUUGGUUAUUGCCAAAAUCUUCACGUCAUGUGAACAGAUCUGAUGACGCGCAGGAGGCUGCAGACUCAGAGACUCAGAGAUCCUCACAGGGAGACUCUCAGGAUUCUGGACAGAAGACAAAGGGGAUUUUAAAGUCACUCUUCUCUUGGUUAUUGCCAAAAUCUUCACGUCAUGUGAACAGAUCUGAUGACGCGCAGGAGGCUGCAGACUCAGAGACUCAGAGAUCCUCACAGGGAGACUCUCAGAAUUCUGGACAGAAGAGUUCACAGUUCUCCAACAGUGACGAGGAAAAACCCUCACAGGAGGAUCUGAAAGUCAGUCAGCUGUCUCCCUCUCCUCCUCAGAGUGACACCACUGAAGCAAAGAUUCCAGCAAACAUGAAACCAGAGGAACUGACUGCGAGGCUUCAGGAACUGCAGGGGCUUAUACCAGAGGAUUGUAUGAAGGCUGCAGAACGUUUGGUGAAGGACUACGAUACAAAGAUCCCAGGAGAUUCAGAACAUCUCUCACAGUUCUUCACUUGUUUGAAGGACUUCAUGGAGUCAAACCAGAAAUCUGACAAAGGAAAGAAACACAAGAGAACUCAUCUAGAAAAGUCUGGGAAACCCAAUCAACAAGUAAAGAACAGAGCAUUGUGGUAUCCAGUCACAGUGAAAGUCUUCUGUGAAGUUACUGGACAAACCUUUGGCGCUCAUGAGACGAUACUGCAGCAGGUGAAGAAAAAAGGCUUGACAUCAACACAGGUGAAGAUCACCACAGACCUGCAGAAAUGUGACGUCAUCAUCGUCUUCUGUCCAAUCGUAUCUCGUGCUGGAUCAGAUGUGAAGGCAGCCACGAGAAAUAUAUCAGGUAGUAAACCUAUCAUCCUGGUUCUGAUGCAUCACACCCGCAAACCAGAUCAUUCAACCGGGGGAAAGAUGUGGUCUGAAACCUUUCCAGGAAUCGUGUUGGAGGUUAAUGUUCUCUACCACGAGACUGAGAGUGGAUUACUGACAUGUUCAGAAAAUGAUAAGGCCAUCAAAAAAAAUACGAAAAGAGCUGAAGAAACACCAGGUGUUGAGACUUUGACUUUCCGUUAGUGGUUUUCAUUCCUGAAAUUUGAACAAGGGCAACAAUCAAAUACUUUAAUCAGAGAGAUCAAUGGAUCAAUAAGUUAUAUUAUAUAUUAAAUAUACAUUACCAGUCAAAAGUGUGGAGACCUUUUCAUUUUCUACUUUUUAUCACUUUCUACAUUGUAGAUUAAUAUUGAAGACAUCGAAACUAUGACAGAACACAUAUGGGAUUAUGUAGUGAACAAAAAAGUGUUUAACAAACCAGAAUAUGUUUUAGACUCUUUAAAGACGCCACUUUUUGCUUUGAUGACAGCUUUACACUCCUUUAGCAUCAAUCUCUAAAAUAUCUUGUAGAUACAUAAAAUAAAAAUGCCUUGAAUGAGUAGAAUAAAAAGUUGAUUAUAAAUCUUGGAUGUGAUAUAACGUAAUUAUGACCAAAAGUAAAAAAUGACGACAGUGAGAGUGUUUGUCUAUAAAUACAACAGCAGAAGCUGAGCAGCAGAUGUGGACACUGAGCUGUGUUUAGGUUCACCUCUUUCUGAAUGACCUCAGACAUGUUUAAUAAUUGUACUGAUCAGAUCACACACAGUAAACUGACUGUCAGAGAUCUGAGAGGAGGUCAUUUCCUGUUUGUUAGACAUGGUGAACAUGUUAGAUGUGAUAAUGUCAUAAAUAAAAUGUUACAAAGCCACGACCAGUUUGUAUCUCAUCACCAUCUUUAAUGCCUCCCAUGAGUUUAUAGUACCACACCCUAACCCUAACCCUAACCACCCCUCAGUGUGAUGAAGGAUUCUCAGUGUAGUUGACUGAUAAUCCAGACCUUCCAUCUCCAUGGCUCCUUGUUCUUCUCUUAUCUUUAGUCACAACUGUCUCAUUCAGUUUCUACACUAAACUGGGUCAAAGUAUUAGUGGAUAUUUCACACCUCAAAUUAAAUACACCAGACAGUUCAGAAAACACAGACUCUGCUGUGAAGUGAUGUUUAGCUGCACUGAACAACCCUGUCUCCUCAAAGGACUGUUAGACACAACUGAAACAGCACAU